AUGAACCACUUCCCGCAAGCCUGGGGUCGUCCCAGGGAUGACGUCUACGGUGUCUACGAUCAUACCUAUCUCAAGACGACUGGCCCGAAAGCGCAUACGCUGUCUCCGGCUGUAACGGGUACGUCAGUCGUCGCAGUCAAAUUCAAUGGAGGUGUUGCAAUGGCUGCAGACAAUCUGGCUUCCUACGGCUCUCUCGCUCGUUUUACGGAUGUAAAGCGUAUUCGGGUUUUUGACGAGUCUACCAUUAUCGGUUUUGGCGGAGAUAUCUCCGAUAUGCAGUACAUCGACCGCCUUCUCAACGCCAUUGAUAUUAGAGAAAACUAUUCCUCCAACGGGAACACGCUAAAUGCCAAAAACAUCCAUACUUACCUCUCCAAAGUCUUCUACAAGCGCCGGUCGGAGAUGGACCCUCUGUGGAAUCACAUCCUCGUCGCUGGAUUUGACGGCGAUGGUAAGCCGUUUCUUAGUUCUGCGGACCUCCUGGGGACGACAUAUUCGGCGCCGCACUUGGCAACUGGUUUCGGUGCCCACCUGGCAAUACCAAUCCUUCGUCGGUUAUUCCCGGAAGAAAUGCCUAUUGAAGACAUUUCAAAAGAGCAGGCGAUCGCAGCAUUGAGGGAUUGUAUGAAGGUUCUGUUUUACAGAGAUGCACGGAGCCUGGAUCAAUAUACUUUGGCAGUGGUGACCAAGGACGGGAUAGAACUGAAGGAGAACGAAAAACUCGAGAACCAAAGUUGGGCGUUUGCGGAGACCAUCAAGGGUUAUGGGACUCAAGUCAACUAG